AUGAAUCUGUAUACUUUUUCUGGACAUGUUAUCGAAUUGUGGAAUCAAUGGGAGCUUCGCAUCAUGAUUUUGCUAAGUCUCUCGCUGCAAAUUUUCCUCACCGUCACUGGCAGUCGACGAAAGUAUACCGCCGGAAUCUGGUUCGGGAUGUUUGUUUGGCUAGCAUAUUUGUCGGCAGAUUGGUUGGCGACUAUUACUUUGGGUAUUCUUGCUCGUAGCCUAGGGGGUUCAGAAUCCGAAGGUACCACUUCCAGCGCAACCUCCAUCCCAGCAUUUUGGGCACCGAUGCUCCUUGUACACCUUGGUGGCCCUGACGCUAUUACUGCCUACUCAAUCGAGGACAACGAAUUGUGGUCGAGGCACUUGCUUCAGCUAUUAACCCAGCUUAUGGUGGCCUUUUAUGCGUCGUUUAGGUCAUGGUGGAGCAAUGAUCCGCUCAUAUAUAUAGUCAUUCCAAUCUUUGUUUCUGGAGUUAUCAAAUAUGGAGAGAGGGUUUGGGUCCUUUGGUUAGCAAGCUCCAACAAGUUUAGGUAUUCCCCAAACACAGAAAGUUUGUAUCUGCUAGUGGAAGGCAAUGAUGAAAUACCAGAGGCCAGAUAUAUCCAAGAAGCUCAUUCCUUGUUCCAAACUUUGAAGUUACAAUUUGCUGAUUACCCUGUUACAUAUGCUGCUCAUCGGAAGAGCGACGCUUUGUUGAGGAGCAAGACAGGCCCUGAAGCAUUCAAAUUGGUAGAAAUUGAGUUGGGGUUCAUGUUCGAUUUACUUUUCACCAAGGUGAUAACAACAGUUCGUUGGCGACUACGCAUCAUUCUCCGCUGCAUCAACUUUCUGUCCUCUGUUUCUGCAUUAGUAGCAUUCUCAUCAAUGACCAGAAACUCCCAUACCUAUACUAAAAUUGAUAUUAUUAUAUCAUACUUGUUGCUGAUCGGAGCUAUUGUUCUGGAGAUUUACUCGGCCAUUUUAAUGCUUUUCUCUGAUUGGGCUAUGCUUUGGCUUAGCAAGCGAAGGGUUUGGUGGUCUCGAAGUGUUUGUUCUUCUCGGUUGCUAUCGUUUCUUAGAAGUAACAGAAGGUGGAAAGCAUCCACGGCACAGUCCGUUAUAGAAGAACAUCGAGUGAGUCUAUGUAAAUACAUCUCAAAACUCUUUAGAACUGGCCACAUUCAGAGCUGGGAGGAUGUUGGUGAUGAUUUAAAGGAAUUUAUUUUCAAAAGUCUAUUGGUUAAGAGUUCAGGAUGCAGUUUCGAAGAUGAUCUGAUUACGAUAUUGGCAGCGAGAGGUGGCCGCGCACUCGAAAGUUAUGAUUGCGAUAGAGAACUUGGCUGGUCUGUCGAAGAAAAAGACUUUCAUGAAAGCUUCCUCAUGUGGCACAUGGCUGUUAAUACUUGUUUCGAACAGGAUUCUUCAAUUCGUUGUAAAAUAAGCAUAACUUUAUCUCGUUACAUGAUGUAUCUAUGGAAGGAUUUGCCGUUUAUGCUACCUAAACAGUUGGGAGAACCAAAGUAUAAGCAAGCCGUUUCCGAUGGAUAUGUGAAGGAAGGUGUUGGCAAGCUCAUAGCUUCAUUCAAGGGGCUGGAGACAGAGGAUGGUUGGUCAGUUGAACGGAAAUGGGAAAUAAUAAGUGAAGUGUUGGUUGAGAUGCUAUUUUAUGCUGCGAGUCAAUGUGGAUGGAAAGAGCAUGCAAAAGCACUUAGUCAAGGAGGAGAGCUAAUUACUUUUGUGGCCGUUCUUAUGUCUCAUCUUGGUAUCCAUCGGCAGUGCUGGUUGCUGAAGACUGUGAAGACGAUGAUCAACGCCGGUUCUCGUCUCUGCGCUUUCGUCCGAUGGGCUGAGUUUGCAUCUCCUUUGCUCCUGGUUUUAGAUUAUGUCACCUUCAGUUCUGAGAUGAAGGGACAAAGACGAUGCCUCCUCUGUUUCUUUGAGAAGAAACAGAGGAAUGCAACCAGAGAAUACCAACCAUUUGAAACGGCUUCAAAGCCAUUACUGCCAGAAACGGCUCUUGAGGAAGAAGGCGAAGAAGGCGAUGAGCAGCUUCUCAAAAUGGUGCCGUCUGUGCGAUGGGAAUGA